AUGUCCGCGACUACUGCUAUCGUAGGUGAAAUGACCACCACUGCUACUACUACUAUUACGGCCACCACGAUGGUUGAAGAAAAGAGACCUAUGCCCGAAUUGCCAUGGAAACAUACCUACCGACAAGGUUUUGCUACCAUUGGUGAAGGUCGUUGCCGUGAACCUUUUUCCAUGUACUAUGAGUUGCAUGGCACUGGUCCUAAAAAAGUGGCUCUUCUCAUGGGCAUGAAUUCACCAUGCCAAGCUUGGGACUAUCAGGCAAGUGACGAAUAUACCCCAUUGGAUGAAACGGAGUCUCGGGGUGUCACCACCCAUUUCGGUGCCCAAGGUGAAUACACGGUGCUGACUUUUGAUGCUCGUGGCGUCGGCUGGACCGGCGGCAGCUGGGAUUGGUACAAUUCCGAGGAUUGGGCACGGGAUGUGAUUGAUCUUUUGGAUCACUUGGGAUGGACCCAAGAUGUCCAUGCUGUUGGCCAUAGUGCUGGUGGUCAAGCCUUACUCAAGACCUUGCUUCUUUCACCCGAAAGAUUUCGUUCAGCUGCUUUGCUCAAUACAACAGCAGGUGGGAUUCGUCCUUUUACAGGUCCUUGGGUGUUUAUCUCCAACCUUUUUGUUAGCGACAAGAGCAAGCAAAUGGAACGCUUGAUGCGUAUCAAUUAUACUGAGAAUUGGCUCAAUGAGAAACCUGAAGAUGGCUCGUAUAAUACCAAUUUCGAGAAAUUGCAAGCGAGAAUGAUAGCACGCAAUAGCAGAACCAAACCACAAACGGCAGGAUCGUUGGUGAGUCAAGCCGUUGCAUCGCUUCGCCAUUGGGUAUCGGCCAAUGACUUGUACAAGAUCAAGGCAAGUGGCAUCCCUACUCUUGUUGUAAGCAAUUCAUGGGACAACUAUGCGUAUUUGAGCCAUAGCCAAUAUCUGAAUGACAUGUUGGAGUCAUGGAAAUUUGUCGUGUAUGAGGAUACGGGUCAUAAUGUGCCCACGUCGCGUCAUAAGGAACUCAACCAGCUCUUGAGCGAUUUUUGGAAGCAUGCCGAUAAUGUGUGA